GGAACUUGAUGAUGGCAUAGCGGUCACGCUUGUUUCUUCGCGGGCGCUCUUCCGAGGAUACUUGGGUUGCCUUCGGAGCCGCAGUGUCUUGGGCCGUCGGAAGGUGGGUGAGUUCCACAGCCACAACUCUGCGGGUCACAUGAGGUUUUCCUAAAUUCACAAGAGAGGAAAUGGGACUCAGAAGGGUGAAGAGACUGCCGAAAAUCACAGCAAUCCCGUGCGGUGGACCACAACCUUGCGGAGGAGAAUCAGCAGUCCAGGGAGGUGACAUGACUUGCUUACAGCCCCACAGCGGACUCCAAGCCCAGAACUCCAUAAGGACAGGAGGAAGAAAGGCUCAGCACCUCUCCCCGCCCCCCCAGCCUGUAGCCAGGGAUGCUGCCGCAGGGAUGAAGGGGGAGAUCCAGGCCCCUUCCCCGACCUUAAUCUCUGCCCUCUGAGAAGUGAGGAACUGAAGGGGAGAAGCCUCAGCUCCUUCCGGGACAGAGUCCCCACUUGGGCGCAAGCCCUGUGGGGAGGCUUCCUUGGGAAGCCGAUUGCCUUGAACUCUACACUGAAGCAGCCCCGGGGGCAGGAAAGCCCCGGAGACCUGGAAGCCUCGGCCCAGGAUGAACGGAACGCGGAAAGGACUGGGUGGGAGGGCAAGAGCAGGACCAGCUCCUCCCCUGCGAGGUCAGGGCCCUUGAGCAGCCAGGAGAAAUCCUUCCCAGCCCCAGAGCCAGGCGAGGCAGUAGCGCCCGGGGGCGGAGCGGCCCCUCCCGUCUCGUAGAGGGCGGGCACUGAGAGGCCGCGAAGGCCAGGUCCUGGGUCUGCGCGCACGAGGUCUGGGCUUCCCGGCCACCCGAGGAGCAGCAGGGAGCCUUCCCCGCCGGGCCGGGGCCGGCGGAGGCCCGCGCUUUCUCUGAAAGCGAAAGGAGUGGGCGGGGGGCGCGGCCGAGGCGGGGCCCGGGCGGGCGGCCGCGCAGGCUCCGCCUCGGGGCAGUCUCGAGCCUGGGGCGCCGAGCGCCUCCAGUCCCCGCCGCGCCGCGGGCUGGUGGGCUCCGCGGCGGCUCUCGUGCCGGGAAAUGACACUGCCCGGGGGCCCGACGGGCAUGGCGCGGCCGGGAGGCGCGGGCCCCUGCAGCCCGGGGCUCGAGCGGGCCCCGCGCCGGAGCGUCGGGGAGCUGCGCCUGCUCUUCGAGGCGCGCUGCGCCGCGGUCGCUGCCGCCGCCGCCGCGGGGGAUCCCCGGGCCCGCGGGGCCAAGCGGCGUGGGGGACGGGUCCCCAACGGGCUUCCGCGGGCUCCCCCUGCCCCGGUGAUCCCGCAGCUGACUGUGACGGCCGAGGAGCCGGACGUCCCCCCGGCCAGCCCCGGGCCGCCCGAGCCGGAGGGCGGCUGUCUCCCGGCCGUGGGCUCGUCGCACCUGCAGCAGCCGCGCCGCCUCUCCACCUCGUCGCUCUCCUCCACUGGCUCCUCGUCGCUGCCCGAGGACUCGGAGGACGAUCUGCUGAGCGACAGCGAGAGCCGGAGCCGAGGCAACGUGCAGCUGGAAGCCGGCGAGGAGCUGGGGCAGAAAAGCCACUGGCAGAAGAUCCGGACCAUGGUGAAUCUGCCUGUCAUGAGCCCUUUCAAGAAACGCUACGCCUGGGUGCAGCUGGCUGGGCACACAGGGAGUUUCAAGGCGGCGGGCACCAGCGGGCUGAUCCUGAAGCGCAGCUCCGAGCCGGAGCGCUACUGCCUGGCGCGGCUCAUGGCGGACGCGCUGCGCGGCUGCGUGCCUGCCUUCCACGGCGUGGUGGAGCGCGAUGGCGAGAGCUACCUGCAGUUGCAGGACCUGCUCGACGGCUUCGAUGGGCCCUGCGUACUUGACUGCAAGAUGGGAGUCAGGACUUACCUGGAAGAGGAGCUGACCAAAGCCCGCGAGCGGCCCAAGCUGCGGAAGGACAUGUACAAGAAGAUGCUGGCGGUAGACCCUGCGGCGCCCACCGAGGAGGAGCACGCGCAGCGCGCCGUCACCAAGCCGCGCUACAUGCAGUGGCGAGAAGGCAUCAGCUCCAGCACCACGCUUGGCUUCCGCAUCGAGGGCAUCAAGAAAGCUGACGGAUCCUGCAGCACCGACUUCAAGACCACGCGAAGCCGGGAACAGGUGAUCCGCGUCUUUGAGGAGUUUGUGCAAGGGGAUGCAGAAGUGCUGAGGAGGUAUCUGAACCGCCUGCAGCAGAUCCGGGACACCCUGGAGGUCUCCGAGUUUUUUAGGAGGCAUGAGGUGAUAGGCAGCUCGCUCCUCUUCGUGCAUGAUCACUGCCAUCGCGCCGGUGUGUGGCUCAUCGACUUCGGCAAGACCACGCCCCUCCCCAACGGCCAGACCCUGGACCACCGGCGGCCCUGGGAGGAGGGCAACCGCGAGGACGGCUAUUUGCUGGGGCUGGACAAUCUCAUUGGCAUCCUUGCCAGCCUGGCCGAGAGAUGAGGCUGGGCCUCUGUCCCCGCGUGGACCGGGCUGGUCUGACAGAUGGACCUGCGGCUGCGUCCCCGCCGCAGAGCAUGAGGGCGAGAGACUGAAACCCCGCGGUGCGGGGGCGGUUCACACGGUCCAGCAGGGCCAGGUGCCAACCACGACGGGACGCACUGCACGUGCCGGGGGCUGUUCCCCAUACAAGCCUCAGCGUUCCCAGAGCGGAUGACACUAAUUUAAAGGGGGAGGGGCGGGGUAGAGUGGGACAACGGGCUUCUCCCUCAGCCCAGCUCUUCUGAAGGGGCUCCAUACCCCUCCAGAGAGGCCAGAUAAUGAAUUUUAUUUCGCAGGCACUAGAUCUAUUGGUCUAACCUCCCACACUACAAUGGACUCCCCUUCCCAAUAAAAGAAAGACACCAGCUUUGGCAA